GCACCUGACGUUCAGGCGUUGUGCUUCAGCAUCUGUGGUCCCACAUCCUGCGGUGUACUCGAGUCUGGCUCCCCCUGUGGACGCACUGAGCGCUGUACAGGCCGGAGGGAAACACCACACCGACCAUAGGAGGGAAAGCGGUGAGGGAAUACGGCCUGGAAACUAGGGAAAGGAGAUGGACACCUCCUAGUAAAACCCGAAUCACAGUCCUGACUGACUACCAGUAUGAACAGACCCCAGAGGUAGGCUGGGUCCUGGCUCCGGACUCCCACUCACUGACUACUCACAAUAAUAACCGCUGCAGAGAGCCGCACAUCUCUGCACAGUCUGCACUGCGCUCUGCGUACACGAUGGUGACGUCCACAUACGAAGCUCCUCAGUGAUGUCUCCAAGCUGCUGCCAUAGAAACCAAUCACGUGAUCCCGGAAGCGCCUGGUGACGUCACGUUGUCCCGGUAACAGCGGUCGGAUGGGGUAAAAUGGCUGCUAAAUCCAGAGGAGCCCUGACUGGAGGGACCCGGGGCCCCUCGGCCUCUCUCAUCACCCUGGCGGCCGUCCUUCUCCUCAGCUCCCCCUCACAGGCCUCCAGUCUGUGCCGCCAUCAGGUCCCGGGGCCCGAGGAGGUGGUGUACCAGGUUCACCAGAGGACGAGUCACGUGAUCAGGAGGCAGGCGGAGGAGCAGCUGCGGAUGAAGAUUGUCUACGACCCCAGCAUUGAAGACCUGGUCCCAGCGAGGAAGAGACUUGUCAAAAAUAAGCUCUUCCCACAAGCCAUCUCCUAUUUACAGAAGACCUUUCAAGUGCGCCGACCUAGUGGCUCCAUAUUACUGAGCAGACAGUGCGUGAAGAAUCAGUACGUGAGGAGACAGUCGGACGCUCAGAGGUACUGUCACGAGGGCUGCGCAGAGCACACGCGAUGCGGUCCGGUGAUUGUGCCCGAGGAGCACCUCCAGCAAUGUUUAAUGUGCCGCAACAAGUACUGUGGAGUAUCGGGGCCCCCGGACAGUGGGGGGGUUCGGGAUGCAGACUUUAUCCUCUACGUCAGCGCAAUCACCACGGAGAGAUGCAGCCAGGAGAACAUUGUGGCGUAUGCAGCCUAUUGUCAGCUGGAGGCAGAGAUGGACAGGCCCAUUGCAGGGUAUGCCAACCUGUGCCCCAGUAUGAUCUCCACGCAGCCCCAGGAGUUUGCCGGCAUGCUGUCCACCGUGAAGCAUGAGAUCAUCCACGCUCUGGGAUUUUCUGCCGGUCUUUUUGCCUUCUUUUAUGAUGACAGUGGGGAGCCGCUGACGCCGAGGUCUGCAGAUGGCCUCCCUGCCUUCAAUGAGAGCCUUGGUGUUUACCAGUGGAGUGAAAAGGUCGUUCGAAUGAUCACCAGGAACUGGGAUAUUAGAGGCGCCAAAAUGGUUCAACGCAAGGUCUACCUGCUGGUCACCCCGCGGGUCACGGACGAGGUGCGGAGUCACUUUGACUGUCCAGAUCUUGAGGGAAUGGAGCUGGAGAAUCAGGGUGGCAUGGGCACAGAGCUGAACCACUGGGAGAAGCGGCUGCUGGAGAAUGAGGCCAUGACGGGCUCCCACACACAGAACAGGGUCUUCUCCAGGAUCACACUUGCUCUGAUGGAGGAUACGGGCUGGUACAGAGCAAAUUACAGCAUGGCGCAGAAGCUGGACUGGGGGCGAGGGAAAGGCUGCGACUUUGCAAUGAAAAGCUGCAAGUUCUGGAUCACUGAGCAGAGCAGAAAGAAGCAAAAUGUCAGCCCCUUCUGUGACACUCUCCGAGGCAAUCCUUUACAACUGAGCUGCCGACAGGACCAGAGGGCGGUGGCCAUAUGUAAUCUACAGAGGUUCCCCAAAAGUCUUCCUCAAGAAUAUCAGUAUUUUGACCACAUCCUGGGGGUCCCGCAGGAGGAUCUCGCCCUCUAUGGGGGGGCGGUGGAGAUCGCCGACUUCUGCCCAUUCACCCAGGAGUUCAGCUGGCAUUUGAGCGGAGAAUACCAGAGAAGCUCGGACUGCACCAUGCCCCAGAACCAGCCAGCUGCGUCCAGGAACUACGGGGCGGAGCGCUAUGGGCCGGGGUCCGUCUGUCUGGAGCAGAGGGCGGCAUUUGUCAUGGAGCAGUGCUAUAAGAGGAUGAGUUACCCCGACUGGGGCAGCGGCUGCUAUCAGGUGAGCUGCGCCCCAGAAGGCCUGCAGAUCUGGCUGGAGGACACCCCCUACCUGUGCAGCCGGGCCGGUCAGGUGAUCGCUGUCAGCACCCACAUCAAUGGCUGGUACUACGAGGGCGAGCUUGUCUGUCCGUCCUGUUGGGACUUCUGUGACCUCUGCCCUCCGGAGCGGGAUCCUCCCCCAGACAACAGGACGAGAGCUGCCCCUCUAGAUCUCUGCUCUCGCUCUUCAAACCUGGUGGUCACCCUGUGGCUUCUAAUGCUGAACCUGCUCCCCCUGCUGGCGGGGUUCUUUCUCUGCGUGUACAAGUAACAGAUGCUGCAGUUCACCUCUCCGUGUCCUGGUGACGCCCGCUGCACUUUAUACAGACAGAUAUGUGGACGUGCCACGUGCUGGCAUACAUGGCAUUACAAGGUGUCCGCGGGGCAUUGCGACAUGUUUACCUGAGUCUUACAGCUUUGUACAUGUAAGCCUGACCUCGGGACCCCAGCGGGGUGGAGGCAGGGCCCGCUCCGCAGUGGUCAGGCUUAUUGUAUAGUACACUCGGGACAUGGAGUAUAAAGACCUUCUGUGGCUCAUUCUGCCACGUCUGGACAGUCACCCUCCGACUCUAUAGUGUGGCAUUCUUCCAGCCUCUCUGCCAAGGAGCAGUUGUACACUGUAUGUCAUACAGUCCCUCCCCUGAGGAACAUUCAUAUGCUGUAUGCCACAGCCCCUCCCCCAAGGAGCAUCUAUGUCACACAGUCCCUCCCCCGAGGAGCAGUCGUACAUGCUAUUUGGUAUAGUUUACGGUAUUACACACUCUGUGAAUGCACUUUAGGCGCUCAUCCUCUUUUUAUAGACAAAAUCAUUGUGUAAUGGACGUUCUGCAGCUGCUCGUGUUUUUUCACUUCUACAUUUGAAACGUUCUCCCUUUAUCAGUCUAGUCUCUCUGCUUCCUGUGAGUGAAUGUAAACAUUAUUUACAGCCAGACAAUAACGCAAUUUCCAAACAGCAAGCAGAGGUCUUUAAAAAAUUGUGAUAUAUUAAAACCCAAAGUCUAUUAGAAAGUU